UUUGCCCGGGUUCCUGGUGUCCUGCUAGGUGAGCGACGCCGGCUCCUCACAGUCCGCUGCGGCGCGCGCUUUGCUCCGGCCGCUCGCUCCUCAGCCCUUCAGCUCCCGGGGCCACUGUUCCGACCCGCACGCCCCCACCGGCGAUAGACCGAUGGCCGAGCGCGGGGAACUCGAUCUGACCGGCGCCAAGCAGAACACUGGAGUGUGGCUGGUCAAGGUUCCUAAAUAUUUAUCACAACAGUGGGCUAAAGCCCCUGGAAGAGGUGAAGUUGGGAAACUGCGAAUUGCCAAGACUCAAGGAAGGACUGAGGUGUCAUUUACUUUGAAUGAGGAUCUUGCAAAUAUCCAUGACAUUGGUGGAAAACCAGCUUCAGUCAGUGCUCCUAGGGAACAUCCAUUUGUCUUACAAAGUGUUGGAGGACAGACACUAACAGUAUUUACUGAGAGCUCAUCAGGUCCCUGACAACUGGUAGAAGUAGACAGCUGUGGUCUGGUCAGAGGUGCAACGUUGAUUGUGAGCCAGCUCACCCUGAAAGAGUGCUGUGUUUGAAAAGAAAUUCAGCUGAUGUCUGUUCUGUGUUGUUUUUUUUUAAAAAGGACUCUAUAUGUUUGUAUCAGUACACAGUU